AAAGGUUUUCUCCCUCAGCAGGCUGGGUGGGAGAAAUGUGCUGUGCGCAGGGUGUUUGAUUGUUUGUAGACUUAAUUGGUUUUUCUGGCUUUUUCUUUGUGAUACAGCCAUCCGUCAUGUUGUAUGUUUCAUUUGCGUUUCCUUUUUUAAACUGUUGCUUAGAUAGUAAGUGAAUAGCAGAUAUUGCCUGAGUUGAUUGUGUUUUCCAUGAUGAUGAAUUGUGCUGUGUACCUGCUGUCCUUGAUAGAAAGUGCUGCGCGACAUUUGACUCUUUAUACUUGGGUAAAUUAAGGCAAAUCCAAACGCUCAGGUUUGGACUAGAGGAGGGAUGGCAGAUGCCACAGAGUUGCUCUUCCUCCCUUGCCAGUGGAAGAUUAUAUCCCACCUGUAUGGAAAAGAGACUAGACUUUUUGCCGAUUAGGUGGGAAUGUACAAGCCCAUGUGGAAUUUACACCGCCUAAAUAUUUGUAUGCACAGGAAUUGUGUUUGCUGAUUCUGGAGAAGAAAGGCAAAGGAUUGCUUGUAGCUUUGGGGCUUUUGGUUUUGUAUUUUUUUAUUGGUUGGUUGGGGUUUUUUUCUUUGUAAGGUGAGGGGAGGCAUUGAAGCCUUUCUUUGAACAUUCAUUUAAUCUUCAUGAUAAAUGGACUUCUAUAUUUGUAGUUCUAAUUUCUGGCUAAUAUGUUCACUUUUCACCAAAUAAGUUUGAAAUUGGCAGAAAAUGAAGAAAAAAAUUUCCUGCUCAGGGGAAUCAUCAUGUGAAGAUAAAGUUGGCAGGAGGACCUCUGUAAUUUUCUGGGUAACAGAAGGAUAUGACCAAGUAAAACAUGGCUUUAGCAAGCUUGGUUCUUAAGACUAGAGAAAAGUCUCUUGGGCAUUCUUAUGCUAAAAAUGUAGGCUAAGAUUUCCCUUUGAAGUCCUGAUUUGGAAAUGCCCAUCUCUACCACAUCUAAUUUUUUGCAUUAGAUUCCAAAGUCGAUUUAGUCUCUUCUAAUCUUGCAGAACAGGGUUCUGGACUAAGUCUUUCUUUAAAUAAAAAAAAAUACUUGUAUGGAUGUAUGCAUAUGUUAAGAGAUGUGCUAUUUUUGGUUUUGAAUGCACACCUCUGAAUCCAUCAUUCUGCAGGUUUCUUUUUUCUAUUGUCUUGAUAGCAUUUCAGUCUAAUCAGUAUUCAAUGGGUGAUGUUUUUGCUCUCUAAAUUUAGCUGCUGAUGUUUAUAUACUACUUGGUAUUCUGUACUGGUCUUUGUAGAGGGCAUCCUGCAUAGAUAGAUCAGCCCCAAUGGCCUUUGUCCUGGAAAAUGCACGAUCCCAAAUGACAUAUUAACAGUGGGCUUUUUAAAGGGAUGAAUAUGUUAAUCUAGCAUGCUUUAAGACCAGUGGAGUCUUUAGGUCUGUUAAGGUGUACUUCAUGUGUGCCUUACCCCUAGAGGAGAGGAAACAAGAGUGAGUGACACAUUAUGCUAGUGUUUACUACUCUUUUUUCUUUUUUUUCCUCCCAUAUUUAUGCAGACAGUAUGAGUGUUGUGUCAGGAGCAGGUUUGUAGUCCAAUGGGAUGUUCCAGCCUUGGGACACCAGGCUAAGGUGAACAAGUAGGUAAGCCAGGGCAUAGCAGGAUUAGUCCACAGGGUGAAAUCUGGUUCAAUUACUUUUCUACCUGAAAAUCUCUUUAACUUUUAAGUAUAUUUUUUCAUUACAGCACCUAUUACUGUGACAGAUGUGACUUUCCAUAGAUUCUUGGCAAGUGGCUUACUGUUUCCCCUGGAUAUCAUCACCUAUUUCUUACCCUUCUUGUUCAUAUUUAGCAUCUUAAGCCAGUUUAAUUUCACUGGCUGUGAAAUAAACAAUAUCCAUCAUAAGAUGUGAUUGUGUAAGCUGUUGAAAAAGUCGCUGCAACAACUUUUGUAGGUGCAUGAAAUUUUAAGAAAUAAUGACUGUUCUAAUGAAAUUAUUAGAAAAUAUUUCAAGGUGAAAAGAAAGCUGAUUCAAGAAUUGUUGUUAAUUCCCCUCUUCUUUCUAAUGGCACAUUUUUGUAGAGGACUUAGUUUUAUGAAUUGCAAAUAAAAGCUUGUUUGAGAUACUAAUUCCCCCAUAGUGAUUGGGAGGAUUCCUGGAAUCAUGUGUGGCAUUGACUUUUGUUUUCAGCUCUUCAGUAUUGUGGCAUGGAUUUAAAUGCACUUGGGAGUUUCAUGCUAUAUAUGUACAUCCUGACUCUGUAUCAGUCUGCCAAGGUUCAGUCAUAGGACAAAAAUAGAACAGAAAAUAAUUAAUGCAGAAUGUGAAAUUGUGGAAGAGAAUAUUUUAUAAGUCUCAUUACCUCAUUAUCUUGUUUUUUCUGUUAAGUGAUACAAAAAUCAAGUAAUACAGCCCAACUUAGUUUCAUUUGUGUUUCACAAUGAUGCAAGAUAUUUUCCAAAGUGAAUCUUACACCUUCAACCUAUCAUCUCCUUUUUUAUGUCAGAUAAGAGGCUGAAAAGCACUGGUUUUAUUUGAUGCAGGCGGGUGAAACAAACUUGCACAAUAUCCUUUCUCAAGACUUCUUGCAAGCCUUUUUUCAAGUACCACAGCAUUGGUAAGAUUGAAGGGUUUACAGGUUGUGUGCUGUAAUUUAAAUUUAAAAUUUAAUUUUAAAUUUAAUGUAAUUUUAAUUUAAAAUAAUUUAAGUUAUUGACUAGUGUAGGAAAAAUGGCUACAGAUUUAUCACUCUGGUUAUGCCGGUUCUGUGCCAUAUGUGUGCUUUAUGUAGGAAAAGUUGUUUCCUGAUUCCUGACUUAGUCAAACUAUAAAUUAAUUCGUCAAUAACGUGUGAUCAUAUUUAAUCACAGGAAAUUCCAUUUUCUGCAGGAAAAUGAUUUUGUACCAUGCCUCUUAAGGCAUAAAACUGUGUGUAUGUGUGUCUUUCCCUGCUGCAGGGGUGACAGGAGACUUGUCUUUGGCUUUCAACACAGCAUGGCAUCACAGUCAGUCAAAGAAUGAGCUCAUGCUUUGACCAAGAAAUUUAAUUUAGUGCUUUGCUUGAUUCAACAAGCAUCUAUAACCUGGUGUGUUACUUGCAGUCAAGAAGACCUUUUGCCUUCUCUUUUUGAUAGGGUAUUUAUAAAACAUUCUUUUGUCUUGGGUCCACUUACUGAGGUGGAAGUUACAAAAAGCAAGAGGGAUUAAAUGCAGUGCACUGUGUUUGGCAGUCACUGGGAGUAAGUAUGCAAUAGAAUUCCUUUUCUUAUUUUUGUGGUGGUUUUGGGAGGGUAGUAGAAACAAGAAGUGCAGUUAUUUGUGGUAUUUGUGGUGUUACCUCUGUGGUAAAGAGUGGUAUUUAGAUUCUUGCUUGUCUUUGGUAACUUUUAAACCCUGGCUUUUAUAGUCUUCAAGACUUCCCAGUGCUACAGGUAAAACUAGUUUGAGUCACUCUUAAGAGUUCCUAGAUGUAGAAAGUCUAAUUGCUAGCAGGAUAUGUUUAUAGUCAUGUGCUGGGGGUAUUAGCACUUUGUUUUUCUCCCAGUAUUUAUUUUUUGUUUGUUUGAAUCAUCUACCAGAAGAAAGACUAGUUUUGAUGAGGAGCACUCUGCCUUGUAGCACAUAAACAUAAGAAAUAAAAUAGCUUUUAUCAAUUAAAGGGAAAAUAUUGAGUGUAUAUACCAACUUUUUACUCUAAAGAUUAUAAAUGAGCCAGAUUAUUUUGUCUAGUAUAAGGUUUGUAAUGGAAUUAUGACAAUAGUACUCUUGAUAGCGAGGACUGGACUUUACCUAUGAAAGAAUUGUUUCCACUUCAUUGCUCCCAAGCUUGUUUUUAGAGCUAGUUUAGAUUUUCUUUGAACAGAUGUAGUCUAAACUAAUUUAACUAGUUCUAGCACCCCAAGUCUCCACAGAGAAAAUGCUUGUGGAGGCUGUGUAGGGAACCUUGAGGAGCAGAUCUGACUUCAAACCACCCUGGCCUGUCUUUCCACCUGGCUGCUGCUUACCCUGACCAGGCUGUUGUGUUGCCAUGUUGAAGGGUUGCACAAGAAUGAGAAUGAGCAAUUGGGAGGCUGAAGGAAAGUGGAGGCAUGAAAGCUCUGUCCUCAUGUUAGUCAAUGUCUGAGUAGUCUUGAAAAAUAUUUCUGAUUCUCUUUUGGUAGCUACCAAAAGAGCACUAUGCUUGGUUUGGUUAAUCUUUUAUAUGAGAAAAAGCAAAAAAAGAUUUUUGUUCAUCUUGUAAUUUACAAGCUAUUUGAAUAACUCUGGGUUACCUGACUCUAAUAAAAAAAAAAAGUAACUUGGAUGGUAAGAGAAAACAGAAUGGAUUUUUUUUUUAAUAUGAGUCCAUUUGAUUCUAAGGCUGCGUUGAUGAAGUAAAAGCAAGAUUUUGCUGUGCCUCCUCACUCCCCAGACCUUGUUUAAACAGUUGUCUUGCCAUGUGGAAAAGGUCAGCUGAGUACAGCAUAUGUAUUUGCCCAAUAUGUUUGAACACAUUGCCCUAAAGUUUAUUAAGACUGUUAGAUUUUUUGGUCUUUUUUUCCAUCCUCUUGAAAAUUGCACUGCUGAUGUGGCAACUUGAGCUUCUCUUUCUUAAUCCACCUUUUUCACCCUCCUCAGACCCCAAAAAAGAAAUUGUUGAUGAUCACUGCUUUCUAGCCACAGAAUUAACUUUUUUGACCUCAGAGAUUUUCAGCAAAGAGGGCAAACAUCUGUUUUCAUACUUCUUAGAAGUCCGGGGGAUGCAUUCUCCAAGUUAAAUACUAGGGUCCCAGACGAAUGUACUUAGUUAAAAGAAAGUGGCUAGAAAAGGUUAACCAGGGGGAUUAAUUUGCAUCUGUUGUUUUGAACUGAUGUCUCCUGGAGUGCAGCUUUACAGUGGCUGCUUAAGGGCAGGCCAGGGGGCUAGGUCUGGACUGGGUGCUCCUGCUCUCUCCCUGUUCAGCUCUUAGUUGAAGUGGCUCACAGCUCAAUGCAGUUCUUGGAAGCAGUGGGAGCAUGAGGCUAGGGAAAGUACACAGACUGACACAGUCUGCUGUUUCCCUCAGUUAAAUGAAACUGCGCCUUCCGUCUGUGUUCCUUGCUGCACAGCCAUCUGACUGCAGAUGGAGGGGCAGCUUUGUUAUCUGGGUAGGAGGAUCUGACUACAGGCCACUGUCAAAAAGCUUUGUUCACCCAGCCUUCUUUCCUGCUUUUGAGUGAGAAAGCUAAUGAAAAAAAUAAAAUUUCCAUUGGUGGAGUUGUUUUUUGCCAGCUGUUUUUUUCUGUCCUGUUACACGUCAUUUUGCAAACUUACCAGUGUUAGCAUAAGGGGAGUGGAAGGGGCAUGUGAUGGUGAACAGAUCCACCCUGGUAGCAGCUGUCAGCUUGGCACAGCUGUAUCAUAAAACAUACUGUAAGUUACCUGUGCUAGAAAUUAGUGGCUAGUACAUCUGCAUGGUGUCUUGUCUUUGGUGGCAAAGCUCAUAAAGAAGCUGCCGUAACUACUGUUUCUUUGCUCCUGUACCGCUCUGUAGGUUGCUGGUCUAUGUUGUGCUGGUUACAAGUGCAUACUGCACGACUACUCUGUAGUCUGAAUAACUGAAAUUAAAAAAGUACCCUUCUUCAUAAUUUUAUCUUCUGGUUAUUUUUAACCCACAUUAUUUUCAUGAGGCAAUUUGUAAUGUGGUCCUACACUGGUUGCCACCUGCAGAACAGAGCAUCAGAUGAGAAUAAUAAGAACUGAUCUGUGAAAGUUUGGCAGGAUCUUCUGCAACCAGCUUCUUUGUUGGCAGUCAAGAAACUUCAUCUUUACCACACAGCAUUUAUUCCUGACAAACUUCUCCAUGUAGAUAAACUUAGGGUAUUUAAAUUGUACUAAGUGUGCUGACAGUUACAGCUCUGUGAGUGGGAGUUCUGUGGUGGUUAAUUAUACAAAGGUGAAGGGAAGGGCUAGCAUAGCCUUUGCUAGGUAGGAAGCGAAAAGAUCUGCAACAGCAGAAGGAAGCCAAAAUCAUAUGACUCUACAGACAUUUGGAAAACAAUUCUUCUCAGUCUUAAGAGAAUGAUUGUUUCAGCUCUGUCAUCUAUACUUUUGUUUCUUCAGCUUUCUGGCACGGCUGGGCAUUCCGAUUGCAAAAGGAGGAUCAGGAGAAGAAAUUUCUAAAGAUCGCAUGCAGAAUUAGAAGAACUGUGUCGGAGACGUCUUGCUUCUUUAAAGCUCUUCACUCUCAAGUCCUGGAGUUACUUCUUUUUCCCCUGUGAGGCUAAUGUCUCUUCCAUCACCCAAGACACAUCUAACUGAAAGGGAGCUGCCAAGGUUGUGUUCUGGUUUCUUUGCACCCUUACUAAUUGGAUUUUUCCCGUGCUCUUCAGGAGGAUUAUAGAAGGAUUACAGAAGCUGUGUUUUUGGAGGUGUGGGAGGAAGUUGUUGUUUUUCUCAUCUUGAGUCUGGGACCUCCUUGAUUUGCCAUUUGUUCUCUGAAGUUGCUGCCUAUUUGGAAAAGGGAGAAGCAGCUUAACAUGAACUUGCACAACCAUGGAUUCAAUCCCUUUGCAAAUGUUCUAUGUGGCUGCUUUUAAAGGAGGUUUUUGCAUGCAUAAGCAGCAAAUGAAGAAUAGCAUCCCAGGCUGGAUUUAAAAGAAGCAAGCUCCUCGAGUCCUGGCAAAAGGAUAAAUACUGUUUAAACUAUAGUUUAAGGAAGACUGGGUAUUGUUCCAGUUUCAAAUUUUUUGAAAGGAAGCAUCUGAUCAAGUCAAAUAUUCUGCCAGCCUAAACCUUCAUUUUCUACAGCUGAAACUGGAAGAUGUCUUGGAAAAGAAAUUAUUUUUCUGUGGGUCGGGGCAAUGUACAGGGCAUGUUUACUCCACGAAAUACCACCUCAAUAGCACCCAGUAAAGGCCUCAGCAAUGAACCAGGACAGAACAGCUGCUUCCUGAAUAGUGCGCUACAGGUUCUCUGGCACCUGGACAUUUUUCGCCGCAGUUUCCGGCAGAUCACAACGCACAAAUGUAUGGGUGAUUCUUGCAUCUUCUGUGCUCUUAAGGGUAUAUUCAACCAGUUUCAAUGUAGCAGUGAGAAGGUACUGCCUUCUGAUGCCCUGCGCACUGCUCUUGCAAAGACAUUUCAGGAUGAGCAACGCUUCCAGCUGGGCAUCAUGGAUGAUGCUGCUGAAUGUUUUGAAAACCUGUUAAUGCGAAUUCACUUCCACAUUGCAGAUGAGACAAAGGAAGACAUUUGCACUGCACCACAUUGUGUUUCCCACCAGAAGUUUGCAAUGACUUUAUUUGAACAGUGUGUUUGUACCAGUUGUGGUGCCACCUCUGAUCCAUUACCUUUCAUCCAGAUGGUACAUUAUAUUUCCACAACCUCACUCUGCAAUCAAGCUAUUUGUAUGCUGGAGAGGCGGGAGAAACCAACUCCAGAUAUGUUUGGAGAGCUCCUGCAGAACGCCAGCACCAUGGGGGACCUGCGGAACUGUCCAAGUAACUGUGGAGAAAAGAUCCGUAUUCGUCGUGUGCUGAUGAACUCGCCACAAAUCAUCACCAUUGGCUUGGUUUGGGACUCAGACCACUCUGAUCUGGCUGAGGAUGUGAUUCACAGUCUGGGAACUUGCCUUAAACUGGGAGAUCUCUUCUUCAGAGUAACUGACGACAGAGCAAAACACUCGGAGCUGUAUUUGGUGGGAAUGAUCUGUUACUAUGGAAAACACUAUUCAACCUUCUUCUUCCAGACUAAAAUCCGCAAGUGGAUGUACUUUGAUGAUGCUCAUGUCAAAGAGAUUGGUCCAAAAUGGAAGGAUGUUGUGACAAAGUGCAUUAAGGGUCACUAUCAGCCUUUGCUGCUGCUCUAUGCAGAUCCAAGAGGAACUCCAGUGUCAACGCAAGACUUGCCCCCUCAGGUGGAUUUACAGCAAUAUAGCAGGACUUGCUAUGACAGUGAGGACUCAGGGAGAGAACCUUCCAUCUCGAGUGAUACCCGGACAGAUUCCUCUACAGACAGCUAUCCUUAUAAACAGGCACACCACGAGUCUGUGGUCAGUCACUUCUCCUCUGACUCCCAGGGGACGGUCAUCUACAAUGUGGAGAAUGAUGCCGCUUCACAAAGCAGCAGAGACACAGGCCACCUGACUGACAGCGAGUGCAAUCAGAGGCAUGUUUCAAAGAAGGGCUCGCUCGCAGACCGCAAGAGGAGUUCUAGCCGGUCUAGGCGGAAAGGAGAUGAGGCUCAGUCAUCAGGAUACCAUAGUGAAGGGGAAACCUUGAAGGAGAAACAAGCCCCCAGAACUGCCCCCAAACCAUCCAGCAGCACCAGCAGGCUGAGGGAAUUUAAAGAGACAGUGAGCAAUAUGAUCCACAGCAGACCACAGCAGAUUUCCCAAACCAUCCAGAAUUCCCCUCGCGGAGGGAAUAGUGUCGAUCAGGCGGAAACACGACCCUCAAAAAGCCUGUCUGCACACGCUCGAGACUGGGAAGUGGACAGUACCAGUAGUGAGUCUAAAUCCAGUUCAUCGAGCAGGUACCGGCCAACGUGGAGACCCAAAAGAGAGUCUCUGAAUAUAGACAGCAUCUUCAGUAAAGACAAGAGGAAACAUUGUGGCUACACUCAGCUUAGCCCUUUCUCUGAAGAAGCAGGUAAAGAACUUACUGAGAAUGAGGUGAAGGAGCAUGCUGUUCACGAAACAAGGUCAAGCCAGUCAAAUGUCAGAUACAAGCGUGGUGUGCUGGGCCGGGGCACCCAGCACCAUGUGGUGGAUCAACAUCCUCAUCUAAUACAGAGGAUGGAGUCUGGCUAUGAAAGCAGUGAGCGCAACAGCAACAGCCCAGUUAGUCUGGACAUGCCCUUGUCUGAAAGUUCAAGCACCCACAGGGAUGCUCAUAUGAAAAGAGCAGGUGGCUUUGUUCCUGCUUGGCGCAACAUCCCAAAGUCUCACAGUAGCAGCAUCUUGGAAGUGGAGUCAGCUUCAUCAAUUGGGAGCUGGACAAACAGCCCACACACCAUGGGAAAUGGUGGAGACAUCUUUGUUCCUUUGAAGAGUGAGCUGGAUGAGUUGCAAGAAGAGGUGGCAAGGAGAGCACAUGAGCAAGAGCUACGCAGAAAAAGAGAAAAGGAAAUGGAGGCAGCAGUGGGCUUUAAUCCCCGUCCCAGCAGGUUCAUGGAUCUAGAUGAACUGCAGAAUCAGGGGAGGAGUGAUGGCUUUGAGAAGUCGAUGCAGGAGGCAGACUCAAUCUUUGAAGAGUCGCUGAAUCAGGAGCAGAAGGGGGAUUGUGCUGCAGCUUUGGCUCUCUGUAAUGAAGCUAUAUCUAAACUAAGACUUGCCAUGCAUGAUGCCAGCGCUAGCACUCACAGCAGAGCCCUAGUCGAUAAGAAGCUGCAAAUCAGUAUCCGAAAAGCCCGGAGCCUCCAGGAUCGCAUGCAGCACCAACAGCCACCGCAGCCGCUGCCUCCGCCAGCCUGCCACCCACCACAGGGCGGCACCAUGGCCCAGUCUACAAGUGAACAGACUGGCCCGCUCCAAGUACUGCUGAGCCAGGAGGUACCACUGGAACCCAACAAAGAAGUGGAAUUUGGGUCCAGUUCUUUCUUCCACCCACCUGCUUCCUGCCAUGAAUUGCACUCAUCAUUAUAUCCAGAGUCUUCCUCCCUGCCCCCUUCUGAAAGCAAUCCAUCCAACAGGAUCUCUCCAAACUACCAGUCUGCUUCUGCUGAUUUUCAUGACCAAGUUCCCUCUUUUCCCUAUAGGCAAGGGUUGGCAGAGAGGUCUGCAAGAACUGAGAAUGAAGCCCACAAGAGUGGGGAAUUUGCUGACACGACAGCCACAGGGCUAAAAGACUAUAGGGAUUGCUGCAGUAGCAGCAAGUUAGAAGAGGUUCAUAACGUAAUGCCUGUUCUCACACCUCAGUACCAAUCCAAGGCUAACACAGUAAACUCUGGGUCUUUGCCUGCACUGUUUCCCUGUCCACAUCCACCACAAGCAGCAUCUCCUGAAAAGGACGGCCAGCACAGUCCUUGUUCCAAACUUGCAAGCUCUCCAGUGCGGCCCAGCAUUGAUCUUUUAGGGGCCUAUCAUGCAAUGACCCCUGCAACUUCAUCCCCUACACAGCAGUGCUCCUCGGAUCCUUUGCAGAAAAAUAAGUACUACAGAGCAAACAGCCAGGAGAUUUUAUUUCCUUCACAGGGUGAAUAUGGCACAGCAGACGGUUCUAAACCUGAGGCUUUUAGUACAAAGGGACAUGUUCGCUCCUUGGCAGAGCAGUUUCAGAAAAUGCAUGCAGUCUCCCAGAGAAAAGGUACUCGUGAAAAAGACUGGAUUACUGCAGUGUGUCAGGAUGAGAAGUCUCCAAAGUUAACACAAAAAUCUUUCAUCAACCAUUCAUCUUCCAGUUACAGACAGCUAAUCCAUCAAAACCAAGAGAAUAAAAACCAGUCUUCUGAAAAAUUACACUCAACUGUGGAUAUUAGGGAUGGGGUAGUUUCUUUGAAGGGUUUUAGUGCCCAACAUGUUGCUUCUGUGAGUUUUUGUUCUCGCGGUGAAGAACUGUGUAGAAGAGGUGGACAGAAUAUGGCAGACCCUGUACCCUACAUGGAAAGGCACUGUCAUGAUGGAGGAAUGAAAGAGGUGGAUGAUGGAGCUGCUAGUAGCAUGGUUGCCUCUAUGCCUGUGGACCGUUGGGUGAAUAAUGUUACUAGGUGUUACAGUUCUCAGAAGGCUAAUAAGAAUACUGAAUGGCUUCCUGUACCUGGGAGGAGUCCACUCCUUUCUGAUCAGAGAGCAGUUGGAGAUGACUUGAGCAGGAUCCCAGUACACCUGCAUCCACAGUGGAAUCAAGACACAGAACAGGAACUCUCAGAACUGGAAUCCCUCUAUCAGACUAGUCUGCAGGCAUCUCAGGCCACUAGGCCUUUAUUGGGAAGACAGGACAGUGCUAGGUAUCCAUUUGACCAAUCAGUCUCUGUGAACCCGGGUGUGAGGAAGCUGCCUGCUACAGCUGGCAUGGGUCUGUCGAAAACCCCAACGGCGGAGAUCGAGCGCAGUCUGUGUGGAUCCAGUGUCUCUUCUGUCUCCAAGGUCACAUAUACCAGAGAACAUAGCAGGGAUCCAGAAGAGGAGGAAAUAUACAGUGCAGAGAAUUUCCGUCGCAUUGCUCGCAGUCUCAGCGGGACAGUUAUCUCAAACAGAGAAGAGACCUUGGUCUCUUCUCACAGUUUUGAAGCACCAAAUACGAGGAAAAUGCCAGUGGACACCAGCCACCGUUCUUCCAGCUCCACUUCCCUUCCUUUCCCCCAUGAUCCUCCUGUAUUUCCCUUUGAUCCCCAGCACAACCCAAACCAGGUGCAGCACCCACCCCAUGAUGUACUGAUGCCCAGCAUGGUGGGCAAGGCACGUAAACUGUCAGGAGAUCAGAAGAACAUCAUCCAGAAACUUCUGGUUGUGCCUGACAGGGGUGAAGCUUUCCAAGGUGAAGACUACCCAGGUGUGGCACUGAGCUAUGGGAGUCUCCCUUGUGUACCCAAAGGCACCCUCUCCCAGGGGCAAAAGCCUCUUGUUAAUUUGCAUUUAGGAGGUGGAGCAUCGAGUGUCUCUGGCCGCUUGCCGAACACAAGUUAUCCUGCUGCACAAGCAGCCACGUUACCAGAUAAGCGAACAAUGCUCUGGGGGAAACAUGCUCGCCAGCCAGGCAAGAGUUUACAGGAAGGCUUCCUCCAGCAGCCUCCACAACAUCACAUGCAUGAAUCCCAUGCCAUCGGUUGCAGACUACCGGCCAGCACAGACUACAGCACUUUAAGAAUACCACGUGAGCCUUCUUGGGAUCCCGGUGCUUCUCAAGGUUGCCCUGUGCCCCCCUCUUGUGUUAAGGCCCCGGGUCCAAGGAGAGUAGAUAUGCCUCCAGAAGAAGACUGGCGAGAGAGCAGCUACACCCCUCAGCCUGGCAGAAGGCGAAUGCUGCCAGUGCAUGUGAUGGAUGGGACUUUUUCUUCUGCUUCCGAGGCACACAGAAAUAUGCUGGCUCGAGCAGCAGCAUCUACUGGCACCAUGCAAAAUAAUGGCUGGUGAGAUCCCGUUCACUCCAUGUGCCCCAGUACACCACUCUGUGGACUAUGGUUGUUGCCAGAGUGUGGAUUGCAUGGAGACAGGAAAGUCUUUCAAACAGUAUCUGUGCCUGUUUUGUCUUAAAAUGUAGCUAUACAGUAUGUGGAAACUAAUUGCACUGUAUUUUGUUUCUGACACUACUGAACUGCUGUCUGGAUGGGGAAUCUUAACUGUUCUAGUCCUGGCCUCUCCUAGCAAACAAGUGCUAUAGGAAUGGUAAUUUGCUUACGGGUAAGUUCAGAAGUGUGCACACGUUUUGAAGGAAGAUGGCAACUAACAAAAGGACAUUUUUAAGGACUCUUUUUCAUGAAAUGUAGCUUUGGUGAAUUCUUCAUAAAAAGAAACCAAUCCUUUUGUUUUCUUCUCCUUCCUCUCUCCUGUUCCUUCCUAGGAAAAAAAAAACUGACCCACCUUCCAGGUUCCGGUAAAUCUGCACUUGGCAGGUGGUAGUUAGUAAAGCAAGCACGGUUUUCAAUGCUCUGAGAUCUCAUACAGAGAUCACAGCUGUAGUUGCUGCAGAGGAAGUGACAGGGAGACAUUGUUCACAGUAAACCCCAAUUUUCUCCACUUCUUUAAAGCAAACUAAUGAUGCUUCAAACAGAAAAGACUGUUAAUGCUGCACGCUUAACUACACCAAUGUAAACACAGAAUAAGUUUAACUAUUUUAGUGUCAAGCAUACUUGCUUUUGUAAGUAUUUUUCAAAUAAAUCUAUGAAAAUAGUUCUA